GACAGAUCAUGCUCGUGGUGGUAGUGGAGAGAAGAGGUGAUGCGAUGGCGGAAAGAGGAGGUGAUGGCGGUGAUGGUGCUAAGUGUGAUGGUGGAAAAAGUAGGUGAUGGUGGUGAAAGCACUGGUGGUGAUGUUGGUGAUGAUAAUGAUGGUGGAAAGAGACGGUAAUGAUGGUGGUGAUGAUAAUGAUGGUGGAAAGAGACGGUGAUGAUGAUGGUGAUGAUAAUGAUGGUGGAAAGAGACGGUAAUGAUGGUGGUGAUGAUAAUGAUGGUGGAAAGAGACAGUGAUGAUAAUGAUGGUGGAAAGAGGAGAUGGUGGUGAUGAUGGUGAUGAUAAUGAUGGUGGAAAGAGGAGAUGGUGGUGAUGAUGAUAAUGAUGGUGGAAAUGAGGAGAUGAUGAUGGUGGUGAUGAUAAUGAUGGUGGAAAGAGGAGAUGGUGGUGAUUAUGAUGAUGGUGGAAAGAGACGGUAAUGAUGAUGGUGGAAAGAGGAGGUGAUGGUGAUGAUGGAGAGAGGGGGUUGGCGAUGAUGCGAGGUGCAGGGAGGAGAGGCGGGGUGUGUGUGUGCUUUCUCGUUUGGCCCGGAAGAAUGAGUAACUAGGGGCAACUGUGGCAAGCGGCGUUUUUUUCCCUCCUGAGGUUGUCGCGUCUCGCGAACUUUGCGCACAACCACCACCCACCCAACCAACCACCCCCUAGAGAGCAACGAAAAGCAGUCCUCGAUGACAGCCACGAGCAACUGGUGGACUCGGACGAAGCCGCAACUGAGUUCAACAGCCUCAUCGCUCGUGGCUGUGCGUGUGUGUGUGUGUUUUUUUUGUCGUGUGCCAUUGUUUUUAAAAAAAUCAUCGAUUAGGCGGAUCUGACGCCAGUGCCACUCUCCCGUCAGCCUCUCUUGACUCGUCUCUGAGUGCGCGGAAAUUCAUGCCGCUGUUUUCUGAACCGGAGAAAGUGGUGCGUUAAACCCCAAAUAUCUUCCGGAAUGGGCUUCGUCACACACCAGUGGCGUGCAGGAAACAUCGCCACUGGGGAGACAAAAGCGGCCGGGCGUGGUGCUGGUCACCCACCAUCCCCUCGUGUGCCGUGCCGGCCUUCACAGUUCUUCACAGGCACCGUCGCAGCGGGUGCAAUGGAUGACGCGGGGGCGACGGACGGGAGUGACCUGGGAAUGAACGACACGGACGAACUCCUGGAUGCAGAGCUGGACGUGGGGACACCCCGGGGGGUCAUGAAGGAUCAGUGCGACCUCCUGCUGGACUCCAUCGACGCUGUGCUGCGGGGCCUGAAGAGUGGAAGCUCAACCAAGAAGGAGGAGGAGACGACAGCGAAGACUGGCUUCGACUCGGCAGAGACGGCAGGCAGCGCCGGCCAGAGCGACACGGGGAGCCGCGACACGGGCCUGGGUGGUGGGGGCAGCACCCCAGACGACACACUGACCUCUGACCCCGACAGAGCUGCCCCCCAGAGCAAAGGACAAAUAGAGAUUGUGGAAGUGGGUGAAGAGCGGAAUGCAGGCUGCAAGCAGGCUCGUGAUUCUGCGGCCUUUUCCCAAAUGCGGGCCCCAACACGGGAGGCGGUGGCAGGAAUUCAGGACCCAGUGCAGGCUGCCCGGGCCGAGGAGUACACGUGGAGGGUCCAGCAGCUGCUGGGAAUUCCCAACAGACAGGCGGACGGUGGCGCCGGCGCUGCCUCGCGCUCGCCCUCGCCGUCCCUGCAAGACGGUGCUCACAGCGACGGUGCCUACGCCUCCUCGGUUUGCACGGAGGAGCUGAUCCGGCCCCGUGGAGCCGCUCGAUCCUCGGCCGUGCCCGUCGGAGACGAGCUCGCCGAGCCACCGCCGGAUUUGGGGGCGGCCGCUGACUCGGGCGACGUCCUUCCCCGCGACAUCUCACGUCGGAGUAGAGACGGAGAGACGAGCGCGUCACGAGCCGACGCUCGUAGGGGCAUGGGCAUGACGUUCGUUCAGAAAUUCAGGCACGACCUCGCGAACGACCUCGAGGAGGUGAUCGUUCGUGAGAGGGAAGGUUUGACGAAGCAGAGCUCCCCCGCUAAUGUGAAAGAAAAGGGCUCGUCCCAAGCGGCAGGAAGUAAAACUGCCCGAGGAUUUUCACCCGGAGAGAAGGAACUCGCUGGGAAGCCAGAUUCGGGCCAAAAGCCGCAGCAACCUCUCCUCGUCGGAGGCUCCUGGUCCUCCCGUUGA